AUGGACGGGGGGGGCCGCCAGCUGGGGGGCAGGGCAGGCUGCGCCCAUCCCCCUGGCCUCACGCCUGGUGCCUGCAUGGACGGGGGGCACUCAUCUGUGGGGGAGGGCAGGCUGCGCCCAUCCUCCUGGUCUCACGCCUGGUGCCUGCAUGGACGGGGGGGCCGCCAGCUGGGGGGCAGGGCAGGCUGCGCCCAUCCCCCUGGCCUCACGCCUGGUGCCUGGAUGGACGGGGGGGCCGCCAGCUGGGGGGCUGGGCAGGCUGCGCCCAUCCCCCUGGCCCCGGGCCGCCCCGCCUCAGCCAGGGCCGCCGGUCAGAGCGUUCCAGAGGCCCCGCCCCCAGCGCGGUACCUGCCCGGCUGGAGGGGCGGGCUCUGCCCGGGCGCCCUCCAAUCGGGAGGCGGCGGCGGCGGGCCGGGCGCGUGUCAUUGGUCCGCCUGUGCGGGCCGCCAGCAGGGUGCGUUGCGCCGGGCUGCGGUUAGUGCCGCGGCUGUCGGCGACGUAGGGAGCAGCCCGGGCGGCGGCGGCGGCGGCGGCGAGAGCGGGAGGCGCCGGGCCCAGCCCAGCCCAGCCCGGUGA